AUGUUUGCAUAUGGCCAAACAGGUUCCGGCAAAACAUUCACCGUCAGCGCUACAGAAAAGCUGGUUGCUCAGUCAUUGAUGGACGGAAAUCUUGAGGGCGAACGAAAAGUGUAUGCGUGCAUCAUUGAGCUGGCGGGCAACUCCUCUUUUGAUCUAUUGAAUUCCCGCAAGCCUAUUUCCAUCUUGGAAGACUCUUUUGGCGUCACGCAGCUUGCCGGACCCAUGGAGUUCGAGGUGACUGAAGCAGCCACCUUGCUUGACCUAAUCGACAUAGCAGCGAGUUUUCGUCGUACUGCAUCCACUCUGAAGAAUGAUGCAUCGUCACGAUCUCACGCCAUUUGCCGGAUCCACAUCGAAAACCCAGAAAUUCCAACGGCCGAUGAUGGAAUUUUGUAUCUUGUCGAUUUGGCAGGGUCUGAAGCCGCUCGAGAUGUGGCCAACUACACCGCUGACUGUAUGAAGGAGGCUUGUGAAAUCAAUAUGAGCUUCUUCCUCACCAAGAUUCUCAAGCAUGUGUUUGAUCCCGCUGGCCGGCGAAGUUGUAAAACUGUAGUUGUGGCCUGUGUAAACCCUAGUCUUCUAGAUGCUGGCGCUGGUAAGAACACACUGAAGUACGCCGAGAUGCUACGGGUACUCCUGCCUAAGACAAAAUCUUAG